UUUACCAAACACCAUGAUGAGUGAAAUAUGGACCUUGAAGUGUGAAGCAGGUUAGCUUCUAUGAUGAUGAUGUGCAGUUCUGGCAACAUUGGAGUAAUCGCUCUGUGGCUGCUGAGGCUCCAACUGCAGUCAAUCAACAUUCCUCUGCUUUUACUUCUCCUGUCCCAUCCACUAGAGGAAGGCAUUUUCUUGUCAUUUGCUGUGAGAAUAGAGCCAUAUUUUUGGAUUUGCUGACUAUGCGUGGACGUGAUGUUCCUAAGCAGGAGCUUGAUAACAACUCUCUUCUUUGGUAUCUUCUGUUGGUGAUGGCCCUCUUGUCGCAUUUGGUGGAUCCAAUGGUGUAAUAAGAGUUCUUUCUAUGAUAACAUGGAAGCUUGUCUGAAGGUAUACUGGUGGUCAUAAAGAAUCAAUAUCAUGCUUGAUGACUUUUUUGGCAUCCACUAGUGAGGCACAUGAUGGUGGGGUUGUGGCCCUUGAACUUUCAAGGGUGAUGGGAAAUGCUCCACAACUCAUUACCAUUGGUGCCGAUAAAACUUUGGCUAUCUGGGAUACUAUCUCUUUCAAGAAAUUGAGGCGUAUUAAACCAGUUUCAAAACUUGCUUGUCAUAGUGUGGCAUCUUGGUGUCAUCCCGGGGCUCCAAACCUUGAUAUUCUUACUUGUGUUAAGGAUUCUCAUAUAUGGGCUAUUGAGCAUCCAACUUAUUCAGCUUUAACAAGACCAUUGUGCGAAUUAUCAUCACUUGUUCCUCCGCAAAUUCUAGUAGCUACCAAGAACCUAAGGGUUUACUGCAUGGUUGCACAUCCAUUACAACCACAUCUUGUUGCCACUGGAACCAAAAUUGGUGUUAUUUUAAGUGAGUUUGAUGCAAGGGCUCUUCCAGCUGUGGCUCCUCUACCAACACCAGCGGGUAGCAGGGGACAUUCUGCAGUGUACAUAGUUGAAAGGGAGCUUAAGUUACUAAAUUUUCAGCUAUCAAACAAAGCCAAUCCAUCUCUGGUAAGCACUAGCAGCAUAUCUGAAACAGGAAGAUCCAGAGCAGAGUCAAUGGAACAGUUGCAUGUUAAGCAGGCCAAGAAGCACAUUAGCACACCUGCUCCACAUGAUUCAUAUUCAAUUCUCUCUGUAAGCAGUUCUGGAAAGUAUGUUGCUAUCAUAUAGCCUGAUAUUCCUUCAUUUGCAGUGUACAAGGUCGUUGAUUGGUCAGUUGUUGAUUCAGGGGCUGGAAGGCUAUUUGCUUGGGACACUUGUCGUGACAGAUUUGCUUUGGUGGAGGUUGCAUUACCUCCAAGAAUACCACUUGCUGUUAAAGGUGGGUCAUCUAAAAAGGCAAAAGCAGCUGCUGCUGCAGCAGCCGCUGCUAGUGCGGCUUCUGCAGCAACAGUACAAGUGCGUAUUUUACUGGAUGAUGGGACUUCACACGUUUUGACUAGGUCUAUUGAAGGUCGUAGUGAACCAGUUAUUGGUUUGCAUGGUGGUGCAUUGCUUGGUGUGGCUUAUCGAAUGUCACGAAGGAUCAGCCCUGUAGCUGCAACAGCUAUAUUAACAAUUCAAUCAAUGCCAUUAUCAGGCUUUGGCAAUAGUGGAUUUUCAGCAGCUGAUGAUCCCUUUUCUUCAAACAAACUGUCUGCUGUUGAAGCAGCACCUCAAAAUUUCCAGCUAUACAGUUGGGAAACCUUCCAACCUGUAAACAGUCUUCUCUCUCAGCCAGAGUGGACUGCAUGGGACCAAACUGUCGAGUAUUGUGCUUUUGCCUAUCAUCAAUACAUUGUCAUAUCUUCAUUGCGCCCUCAGUAUAGGUAUCUUGGAGAUGUGGCAAUUCCCUUUGCUACUGGUGCUGUUUGGCAUCACAGGCAGCUGCUUGUUGCUACACCUACUACCAUUGAGUGUGUUUUUGUAGAUGCUGGUGUUGCACCCAUCAACCUUGAAACCAAAAAGGGAAAGGAAGAUAUUAAAAUCAAAGAAGCUCAAAGCAGAGCAGUUGCUGAACAUGGGGAGUUAGCACUUAUCACAGUAGAUAGCCCGCAAGUUGGCACAGAUGAAAGGAUCUCAUUAAGGCCUCCAAUGCUGCAGGUGGUUCGAUUAGCCUCUUGUCAGCAUGCUCCUUCGAUACCGCCAUUCAUUGCAUUGCCAAAACAGUCCAAAGUAGAUAGGGAAGGUACAUUUAUGCAGAAAGAGGUUGAAGAAAGAAAAACUAAUGAAGUUGCUGUUGCUGGAGGAGGGGUAUCCGUGGCAGUCACUCGUUUUCCUCCAGAACAGAAACGCCCUGUAGGACCUCUUGUUGUGGUAGGUGUCAGAGAUGGGGUUCUUUGGCUUAUUGACAGGUACAUGUGUGCACAUGCCUUGGCUCUCAGCCAUCCAGGUAUUCGUUGCUGGUGCCUUGCUGCCUAUGGUGAUGCAGUUAGCGCAGUGAAAUGGGGACAAGUAGACUUGGCCGGGAACACCAUGAUGAUUUGGCUCAGUUCAUGCUUGGGAUGGGAUAUGCAACCGAAGCUCUUCAUUUACCUGGAAUAUCCAAAAGUGAUGCUCCCUAGGUUGGAGUUUGACUUGGCCAUGAAGAGCAAUAACCUGAAGAGAGCGCUUCAGUGCUUGUUGACAAUGAGUAAUAGCAGAGAUAUUGGGCAGGAAACUGCUGGCACAGAUGUGGCUGAGAUUCUCAGUUUGACAGCUGCUAAGCAGGAGAAUCUUGUGGAUACUGUCCAAGGAAUAUCCAAGUUCGCCGAGGAGUUCAUGGACCUGAUUGACGCUGCAGAUGCUACUGGACAAGCUGAUAUAGCCCGUGAAGCUCUCAAGAGAUUAGCUUCUGCAGGAUCUGUAAAAGGUGCUUUGCAAGUAAAAGUUUUGAGAGGAGUAGCCCUGCAACUUGCAAAUCAUGGAGAGAUGACUAGGCUUUCGACAUUGGUCACGAAUCUGAUUACAGCUGGCCAUGGAUGCGAGGCAGCAUUUGCUGCUGCAGUUUUGGGUGAUAAUGCAUUGAUGGAGAAGGCAUGGUAGGACACCGGGAUGCUUGCGGAGUCCGUACUCCAUGCUCAUGCCCAUGGUCGCCCAACAUUGAAUCACCUGGUCCAAGCAUGGAAUAAGAUGCUGCAAAAGGAGCUUGAGCUUACACCCUCUGCAAAAACUGAUGCUGCUGCAGCAUUUUUGGCAUCACUUGAGGAAACAAAGCUCACGAGCUUAGGGGAAGCUGGAAAGAAGCCUCCUAUAGAGAUCCUUCCUCCAGGGAUGGCAUCUCUCUCAGCUCCGCCUGUUACAAUUAAAAAGCCUCCUACCACAUCAACACAGACCCCUACUCCCACUUCGGCACAAAGCACUGCUCCCGCUGCGGCACAGAGUUCUACUGCCACCGAGGGCAGUUCCCAGCCAGAGCCGGAGAAGCCAUUAAUGUUAGAAGCUCCUCCACCUGCCGAGCCAACAGAGAGCAAUCCUCCAGUCUCUGAGACUGCGAGUGGCCCAGUUGCUUCCCCAUAGGUUGUUGAAGUUCCACCCACCACAGCCACCACCUCCUGCUGCAGAGACUGCUGUCUGAGCCUUUUAUUUUCCUUGAAUAUUUUUUCCACUCCAUUCUUUUUGUGGUAUUCGUGUAGGUUUCUCUUCUUAGUUGGUUUUAAUCGAGGGAGUUAGUGAGUGGUAUACAGCCUUCUUCUGUCUGCUGGUUAUCUUUACCGAGAGUUGUUCCAAAAUGUGAGUCAGGGGCAGCAUGUCAACGUUUUAGCACACUGCCAAGCAUAAGACGGUAGUUGUGUUGCUCAGAGUAGAAGCUUGAUUUCUACUAAUUUUGUUCCAAGAUUUGCUUAUAAGUAUGGCAUGUGCUCCACUCGGCACUCAUAGAUCUUCA